AUGGCACAGCUUUGCUUAUGUGUUGGCAUAUGUGUGAGUGUAUGGCUCCACACUUCCCUCGGGCUGCCACCCCAGCACCGUGGGUGGCUGCGGCUGUGGGAGGAGGGUGAGGGCUGCGGGGAGUGCAACCAGCACCUCUGCCCCCCGGUGCCUGACGAUUGCCCUGCAGGCAGGGUGCAGGACGACUGUGGAUGCUGUGAGCAGUGCGCUAACGUAGAGGGCCAGCAGUGUGACCCAGAUGGGGCUCAGAAGUUCUAUGGCCGCUGUGGAGAGGGCCUGGUCUGCCAGAGGAAAAUGCCAAAAAGGGAACACAGGGCUGAACCAGAGCCUACAUGUGUCUGCCAGGAUAAGGGAUCCGUGUGUGGUUCAGAUGGGUGGACCUACUCAAAUAUUUGCCAGAUGAGAGAGGCUGCCAGCCACCGAAACACAACACUUAAGCUCACUGGGAGAGGACCCUGCUACUCUGCUCCCCGUAUCCUUAAAGGCCCCAGAAACCUCUCAAACUACACAGGGAAUGACAUUGUGUUUGGCUGCGAGGUCUCAGCCUACCCUCUUCCAAACCUGAACUGGAAGAAGACGGGGAGUGACAACUUCUUGCCAGGGGAUGAUCCUCACAUCUCUGUCCAGGCUCGAGGAGGCCCCCAGCGCUACACGGUCUCUACCUGGCUGCAGAUACAGGGCCUCCACAUCGCUGAUGCAGGGGUCUACUCAUGCAUCUCCUACAAUGCUUUGGGAGAAACGUCUGCUUCUGCACAGCUCACAGUGUUGAGACAAGGGGUGAAGGUGAUGAAGGGCCAUGUGGAGGAGGAAGAGAAACCCUUUGACCAUUUGGAGGAAGGCAGUGGUGAUGGACAGCUGGCGUCUGGAGAUUACCUGGCAUUAAUUUAAGUCAUUUUAUAAGAGCAGGCUAU